AUGCGUACCGGAAUAUAUGAUGGGUUGAGCACAACUUUGACCCGAAAGCCCUCAUCAUUCCCGAGCUCCUCUUCCUCGUUCGCUAUCUCCUUAGCCGACGUCACUGCCGAAUCGCUGCAAUUGUUCACCUCAAUCGAAUUCAGCGUACUCUUUGCCAGCUACCUCCAGAGUUUUAUCACUAAUCGGUUUCAGAAACCCUUCCGCAACCCACAGCUUGACGAGCCUGGAGGCGCGGAUCACAGUGUCCUCUGGGAAUAUUCCCAGCUCAAACGUAGUAAUCUCAAGCAACGUUCAUUCUCAUCUAAAUUCACCACUGAAUUCAAAUUCUUCGCAAUGAACUGCCAGUAUUCUCGUGUUUGGGUGGAGUUUGCCAGGAGUCCACCAACCACGACGAUUGACAAUGGAAGGCCUUUGCAGUUUCUCGAAAUCUGCAAUCCAAUUUCUUCCAAAUCCAGAUGGCAAUCGUGUUCCCCAAACACACUUUUUCGGAACAAGUUCCAACUGUUAUCCUCGUCCAAAAAACCCACUUCAAGGCCACAAGAACCGCUCAACUCAUGA